UCGGCUUCCUUGCAAGGCUGCCACCUCCUCACUCUGCUGCCCUCAGUUUGUUAAGCAUUAUUGAUAUCUGAUUUUUCUUGGCUGAAAUAAGGUGGUUCCUUGCACGUGUGGGUGCUCUGAAGACCUCUGAAGUGAUGAUGCCCUCACUCCCAGGGCUGGGAUUCCUCCUUUUGCUUGGUUGGCAGGCGGCUGCUGCAUCUUCUCCUGGGACGUAUCUGUGCUCCAGCUCCCCUGUCAAUGAAUCUGCUGUGUGUGCUUCAGUGCAAAGUGUCAGCCAAGAGGAGCUCCUCGAGGUAGCCCAUGGCCAAGCCUCUCCCUGCAGCCUCACUUUUGGUCAAUACGCCUGUGCGCAGAGUGCUUGGCUCCAGGACCUUCCAGAUGAUUUCCUUAUAUCCUUAUAUUAUUGCAUUGCCCCUCAACCUGCCAGUGCUAUGGAUCCAGAAUAUUCCCUUCUCUUCUUUUCCAAGUUUGAUACUAAGAAGCUUCUAGCUGCUCUGACUGUGUUCAGCCAGCGGUUUUCUGAUGUGCCUCUUUCUCUGGAGUGGAGCAUGAUCUUCAUGAAUGGCCUGUGGGAGAAGAUGUUGCGAGUUCCUGAUAUUGAGAGCCCACCUGUUUUGUCUCAGUGGGUCCAUGGGGGGCUUCAGCCAUUCCUGGUCAACCCCAAGGUCCUUGCUUGCCUCCAUGCCAAGAACGUCUCGUGUGAGACGUUCCGGAAGGUAGUGGCUGCCCUGAAUGGCAUAUAUUCUGACCUGCCAGAGGAGGACCAGAGGAAGCUUUACACUGGGAUCAAGUACUAUCUCACCCAGGAUGAAUCAAAGCAGAAGUGCUACACUGGAGCUGCCCCAGGUCUGAAAUCCACUGCUUGGUUUGAAAACUACCUUGGAUCCUUUUUGGAACAUGCUACUGUUGGAGACCUGCAGCUUUUUGGUGAUGAACCAACACUUCAGAAGUUUGCCAGGGAUCCAGUGAAUCUGCAGAUGGUCAGCAACCUCUCCUUGCUGCAGGAGACAGCUGUGUACUACACCUCACUGCUGACCUCUGGACCUGGGUUUCCCUUAUCAAGGCUUCCAGACAGGUUUCUUUGCUACCUGAGCCCCUCUGCAGUGAGCAACCUGAGCAGAGAUGAUGCUUUGAGCUUGGCCCAGAGGAUCAGUAAGAGCUGCCCACGGAACCUGACACGCAGAGGGACAACCAGGGAGACAUCUCCCUUCUACCUGACAACAGAUGAACUGCAGGUUGCAUCCUCUCUGGUGGGGAAGUUUGAGCACCUGAGUCCCGCGGUGCUGCGCGCCCUGGGGCAGGUGGUGGUGGGACUGUCCAUACCUGACAUCCAGAGCAGCAUCAGUGACACAGACCUUGAAGCGUCUCUUCCUGCCCUGGCUGAAGUUCACGGCUGGAAUGCUGAGCAGUCCAGUGCUAUUAUCAACAAACUGCUGAGCUCUGGCUAUCAGAUCCGGGAUGGACAGAGCCUGGCAGAGCUGGGGAGCUUGGUGGCUGGUCUGAACAGCAGCACGCUGAGAAGUCUGCCUUCAGGAGUCAUCUUGGAAGCCAUUCAGUUGCCUGAGUUUGUUCAGCAGGUGGUGACCCUGCCCCCUGCUCUGAAAAUGACAUUGGUGGAAAAGAUUUCCUCCAGUGUAAACCACCCUGGUGACCUGGUUAAACUUAUCCCUGAUGCCCUGGCCAGUUACAUUCCAAAAUCAUUGCUUGUUUUUGGGGAAGAGAAGCCCAACAUUCAGGAUCUCAACAGGAAAAUUUGGACCCGAGAGCAGGCUGCUGUGUUUUUUGGUGAUGUGAUAAGGACAGAGCCUGACUUCAGCAGGCUUUCCCAGUCAGUCCUCCAAGGCUUCACAUGUGCAGCUGCUGAUGAGGUGGGAGAAGAAAGAUUUCAGGAGCUGGCCAAAGUGAUGAAGAAGAAGAAUGUCAAGCUGGGAGAAGACCAGCUGAGCUGCUUAGUGAAGAUGGUGACACUGCAUGGGAUUCCCAAGGAUUUAGACAGCUAUCCUAAAGACCUGCUGCUGUUUUUAAGCCCUUCAGACUAUGCAGGCACAGGGAGCUGUGUGCAGUACUUUGCUAAUGUUGGGAAAGCAAAUCUUGAUGUUCUGCAAAGAGACUCAUCCCAGAGGAAACAGCUGCUCUUGGAGGCCUUGGCAUGUUUGAAGAUUCCUGGCACACAAAUAAAUGAGGAAAAUGCAGAGAUUCUGGGACGUCUGGUUUGUGACCUGGGUGGUGAAUACAUUAGAAGUACUGGAGGGAGUUUGCUGAAGCAUUUAAGCCAGUGUGGGUCUUUCCUGCCUGACCAAGAAGAGGCUAUUAGGAGUGUCAUCAGCAGUGGUAACACUACAUUUGGGCCUCCUGUCACCUGGUCAGCUUUUACCUUGGACGAGCUCAGUGGGUUGAUUCCUGUGUUUGAUCACAGCAUCUUGCAGAAGGUCCCCAAGGAUGCUUUAACUGUUUGGCUGAAAAACUUUGCCCAUGACUCACCUCUGAGCAGGGAGGAGUUGGCCACCAUCGUUGAAGAGCUCCUGCCCACUCGGCACAAGCGUGCUGAUGGUUGUCCAGCUGGCAAGGAGAUAACAGAGACUGUUCUUGGUGAUUCCUUGAUGCCAGUGUACUACACACCUGAGGAGCUACAGGCUUGCCUGCAGAACGUCUCCCUGGACAAUUACCUCUCUCAGAUACUCACCUACUCCUUCAGUGUUCAGCAAUUAGCUGUGCUGAAGAGGCAUCUGGAUCAGACUUACCCUGAUGGGUAUCCUGACAGUCUGCUCCCCAAACUGGGCCCUCUCAUUGACUUGUUGACCCCUGAGGACUUUUCUAAAUUGAAGAUAACUUCAGCUGACACCUUGGCUGCCCUGCUAGGAAAUGAACUCUCGAAUGACCAGGCUUCUGUAAUAAUCAAACUUUAUGUUGACUUGGGAAAUGCCUUGAAUGCCACUGCCCUGAGGGCAAUUGGGACCAGAUACUUGUGCCUUCUAAAUGCAACUGAGCUGAAUAGGAUUGACCCCAACAACCUGAAACUGGCAUCUCUGAAUCCUUCAGCCUGUUCACAGCUUACAAAAGACAUCUUAUAUGCUAAAGCAAAACGUGCUUUCUCAGACCGGCUCAACUCAUCUGCCUAUUAUCAGCUCAUUCUGCCUUACUUGGGGGGUGCUCCUGUUGGGGAUCUCAGAGCUCUAAGCAAGCACCACGUGAACAUGAAUGUUGAUACUUUGGUGAAGUUAAGAAGAGACUCUCUGAUGAGCCUGACACCUUCUGAGGUUAAGGGCUUGCUGGGGAUAAAUCUUGGUGAUCUGGUGAGCUGGCAGGACAAGUCUCCCAUCUGGGAGUGGAUCCACAUGCAGAAACAAUCAGAAUUGGAUAAGCUGGACAUUGGGCUCACUGGGGGAAUACCAGAAGGCUACAUCAACAUUGUCACACCCAAAUUUGUGUCACCAUCCUCAGCCUCCCUGGGUCCUGUGGCCAUGGAAUUCCACCUCCUGCCUGCUCUGCUCCUCAGUUUCCUGAUGAUGUCUGUCUUGUCUUGAAAAUCUUCCCUCAGGAGAAAGCAAGAUGAGGGGGACCAGCCUGUGACCUGCUCUGAUGUCUGUCAGGGACAGCCAGGGCUGGGGGGCCAGGGGGUGCUCAGUGCUGGCAGCCAGAUGCUGCACAGCCCAGAGUUCACUUCUAGGUACUUUCCUCUUUCAAAUCACUCAAAACAAAUCAGUGUUCUGGCUGAAGGGAAGAUUUCAGGCUCUCCAGAGCAGGAUCUUUGCUUGCCUUUCGUACAGAGCAAGCCCAGGUAAGGCCCAGGCAUGUUCCUGCAACACAAACUGUCAAUAUUUUACUGCACAACCCUGGUGGGCUUGAGGGUGAGCAAAUUGACUGUUCUGGGUGUUAAUGAUUGCAUUUCUCCAAGAGCCUGAUUUCUUGACACUGCCAAGACCCCUGAGCAGGAGUGAAGCUUUCCAGCUGCUUGUAAAUA